AUGCGGCGGUAUCAGGAAAUACUUAUAGCUACCUGCUCGACGAUCAUCAGGCUCCUAUCAUACAUCUUUCUACGCUGGAUUCCUGCCCAUCAUGCGCCCCCAAUCACAGUGUCUACCCUUUGCAUAUAUCUAAGCUUACUAUGGGCGACAUCCUCGAGUUCAGCGUCCAACGGUCCCUCCCAGAAUGGCCGGAUCGAGCAGCGUACAACGACAUCCAAGUCCAAACAGCCGACCACGGAAAGCACAUCGCAGAAUGGACGGAAUAGAGAGGUUUCGGUGAUACGGUCCCUUUUAACAGGCUUGCCGUGUACCAACUCGAAGCUCGUUAGCUGGACUACUAUCGGUGCCAACGUCCUGCUUAAUAUCUUUGUGCUUGAUUUCGUCUUCCGGGGCUCCGUUUUACAUCCUACGGCGAACCUUUCGUUCUCUCGGGUGGGAUAUGUGUCCUCAGACAGUGUAAAGAUCCUUGUUCGAGAGCCGGAUCCGGAAAACCUGCCGUUGCAAGUAUAUCAUCGUGUAAAAGAUGACCCUCAGCCGGAACUUUGGAUGGAGGCCGAAACAAUACACGUACUGAACGAUACGACGGACUAUACAUUUCCUAUUGUCAUUGAUGGCCUACAGCCUACCACGAGGUACCAGUACCUGCUAUCUAAUAAUCUGUCUGGAGAAUUCACCACAGCUGCGGCGCCAGGCUCAUUGGAAUCAACUCGACUCAAUUUCUGGACAACCAGCUGCAUCAAGGCGAACUUCCCUUACAACCCACUAUCUCACCCGUUUAGAAUCCCUGGAAUCGAGACACUUUCCCAGGUGUAUUCCAAGAUAGACCGGCAGGCUAUUCCUUCGUUUAUGCUCUUCCUCGGUGAUUUUAUUUACAUCGAUGUUCCCCUCCGGUUUGGUUCCGCUAUAAAACAUUACAGAGAUGAGUAUCAAAGAGUCUACUCGUCUCCAAGCUGGCACGUUGGCGAGAACCCAGCUAUCGACCUGCCUUGGAUUCAUAUGCUGGAUGAUCAUGAGAUUGAGAACGAUUGGCAUGAUGGUAAUGUCACCGAACCAUACCCGGCUGCCAUUGACCCAUAUCUUCACUACCAUGUGAGCGUCAACCCUCCAAAAGCACAAUACUCUCAUGCAAUUCAUGAAAACACGACCUAUUUUUCCUUCACUCGAGGCCCUGCAUCGUUCUUUAUCCUGGACUCGAGAACAUACCGUUCCCCCCCUGGAUUGGACAACUCGACUAUGCUUGGAUACGCUCAACUCCAGUCUCUACUCGAUUACAUCUCUCGUCCCGAGCCGGCCGGAGUCCAAUGGAAGAUAAUCAGCAGCAGCGUACCAUUUACCAAGAACUGGCAUAUAGGGACACCCGACACCUGGGGAGGCUACUUGAACGAACGUGAGGUUCUCCUAGAGGCCAUGUGGCGCGCUGAGCGUACACUCGGAACUAGGAUCGUCCUACUUAGUGGCGACAGACAUGAAUUUGCGGCUACGAAAUUCCCAAAUCCGAGCACCAAAUUGAUGAAUUCCGCAUCUUCAUCCCUUUCGAACGGAGCGGGACAGGGAAUUUAUGAAUUCUGUGCUGGUCCACUGAGCCAAUUCUACCUCCCCAGUAGCUCCUAUUACCAAACUGAUGACAAGGAUGUAGCCAUCAAGUAUGUUCCGAAUGGGAACUUCAAGUUUGGCGCUGUCGAUAUUGAGACCCGCCCAGAUGGAGAGUCUGUCCUGAUAUAUACAUUAUACGUGAGCGCGGAGCCUGUAUGGCAAUACAAGCUUUCUAUACCGCGUAAUAUAAAGAAGGGAGAAGCCGAAUUCCCAGACGGUGAAGUGAUAUAUGACCUAGCUGAUCUUCCAGAGGGGAAGCUGGACGAGGGAAUCCGAAUAUUCUGGGGAGUUUUAUAUUGGGCGAAUACACAGAUCACGACACUUUCAAGAAUAUUCAGAGGCUUCCUUCUAAAAACUGAAAGGCUUGAUGAGUGA